CCAGGCGCCAGCCGGUGCCUUGAUAUGGCAGUGCUGGUAAUUACAGCAGAAAACAGAGGCGAGAAGUGAGAAUAGAGAAGGGUGGUGAAAAAUAGCCAGCUGUUGAAUUUUGGGGGGCAAAGGCAAAUCUCAAACACCCAGGACUCGGGCGGGGUGUGUGUGCGGAUUCUUUUUCUUUCGUAUUUGGACGUAAGAAAGAGGGAGGACCUCUCAGAAGUCAGAACCUUUGGUUUGAGACAGAGAUAUGGCAAAGAAUGUGGGAAUCCUCGCCGUUGACAUUUACUUUCCUCCCACCUGUGUUCAACAGGAAGCACUGGAGGAACAUGAUGGUGCAAGCAAAGGGAAAUAUACUAUUGGACUUGGGCAAGAUUGCAUGGUUUUUUGUACUGAAGUAGAAGAUGUCAUUUCAAUGAGUUUGACGGUAGUUUCUUCUCUUCUUGAGAAGUAUCAAAUCGAUCCUAAAAGCAUUGGUCGUUUGGAAGUUGGUAGUGAAACUGUGAUAGACAAAAGCAAAUCCAUCAAGACAUUCCUCAUGCAGAUCUUUGAGAAACAUGGAAACACUGAUAUUGAGGGUGUUGAUUCAACUAAUGCUUGCUAUGGAGGAACUGCUGCUUUGUUCAAUUGUGUCAACUGGGUGGAGAGCAGCUCAUGGGAUGGACGCUAUGGAUUGGUCGUUUGCACCGACAGUGCUGUCUAUGCUGAAGGACCUGCUCGGCCUACUGGUGGAGCUGCUGCUAUUGCCAUGCUAAUCGGUCCUGAUGCUCCCAUUGCUUUCGAAAGCAAAUUGAGGGCAAGUCAUAUGUCACAUGUGUAUGAUUUUUACAAGCCUAAUCUUGCAAGUGAAUAUCCGGUAGUUGAUGGGAAACUUUCUCAAACAUGUUAUCUUAUGGCUCUUGAUUCUUGCUAUAAUCAGCUCAGCAAAAAACACGAGAAACUUCAGGGAAAACAAUUUUCUAUUUCUAAUGCUGAUUAUUUUGUAUUUCACUCUCCCUACAACAAGCUUGUACAGAAAAGUUUUGCUCGUUUGGUAUUCAACGACAUCUUGAAGAAUCCCAGCUUGAUGGGUGAAACGGCUAAAGAAAGGCUUGCACCAUUUACAACACUAUCUACUGGAGAAAGCUAUCAAAGUCGGGAUCUAGAGAAGGUAUCCCAGCAGGUUGCGAAACCUCUGUAUGAUGAAAAGGUGCAACCAAGCACUUUGAUACCGAAACAAAUUGGCAACACAUACACUGCAUCGCUCUAUGCAGCCUUUAUUUCGCUUCUUCACAACAAAAAUAGCACACUGGCCAGUAAGAGGGUGAUAUUAUUCUCAUAUGGAAGUGGCUUGACUUGUACAAUGUUCUCUUUACAAAUAAAUGAAGGUCAACAUCCAUUUAGCUUGUCAAACAUUGCUAAAGUGUUGGACAUUGCUGCAAAACUGAAGUCAAGGCAUGAGUUCCCUCCAGCUAAAUUUGUCGAAACUUUGAAGUUAAUGGAGCAUAGGUAUGGUGGCAAAGAGUUUGUAACAAGUAAGGACACUAGCCUUCUAUCUCCUGGAACUUACUAUCUCACUGAAGUAGACUCCAUGUAUCGAAGAUUCUACGAACAGAAAUUUAGUAAAACUGCAGAAUAUGGUGCGGUUGCCAAUGGUCAUUGAUGUUAUCAGUCAUAUAGAAGACAAAACAAUGUUGAAUGCCUGCAAAAUUGGGAAUCGCUUAACAUUUAGAGUUUGUGUCCUUAGUUUGCAUUAAUUUUUGUAUGGCAUUACCUAGUGCUAAUGUUGUUUGUUCAAAUAUGUUUUACCAUGUGUUUACUUUAGAAUCCGAAUAAUUUCACAGGAGAAGGAUCUUAAAAAAUUCAGCUGCACACGUUCCAUGUUGUGUUUGUUCAACUUUGUAAUUUUAUACUUUAUAUUUGCUUAAAAUGAGGCAUAUGCUACUGUGAAUGUUUACAUCCGUGGCAAUAUUAUCUCUUGAAAGCGUAAGUAGUACAAGAGUGAAAGUUAUCAAUGACAAUGAGCAUAUUUUAGUAUUCACAGUCCGAAUAGUCAUUUGUCACUAAGG